AUGGCUGCCACAACAGCUAAUACUUCUACCACUGAAUCUUCAUCUUCUUCGCAAGACUCAUAUAAUCUCAAUGAUCCCCUGUUCUUACAUCCAGGAGAAAAUCCAGGGGCUAUUCUCACUUCUCAGCCUCUGGUUGGAGAAGAAAAUUAUUUUGCUUGGGCAAGAUCAGUGAGAAAGUCUUUGAUUGGUAAAAAUAAGCUUGGUUUUAUAGAUGGUUUUAUAACCAUUUCUUCUCCACUCGUGAAUUCACCAACGGUUGUUCAAGCAUGGAUUCGUGCUAAUAAUAUAGUUGGUACUUGGAUCAUCAACUCAGUAUCACCAAAACUUCAGGGUAGUAUCAUUUACAGAGAUACUGCUUUUGAGAUUUGGACUGAGCUUCGAGACACAUUCAGUCAAGGAAAUGGAACCAAGAAUCUUAGUCCAUUUCCUCAAUGCACCUGUGGCAAAUGCGUGUGCAAUGUUAAUCAGAGAUUGAAGGAUCUUCAAAUCAAAGAAGCAACAAUGAAGUUCCUCAUGGGAGUCAAUGAUGUGUUUUCUCAAGUCAGAACACAAAUUUUGCUCAUGGAUCCACUGCCUUCUGUUAAUAAGGCUCAUUCUUUGUUUAUCCAAGAGGAAAUGCAAAGAUCAGUUACUAAUUCUGUUAGAGUUGAAUCUACGGUUUUGGCUGCCAAGAGCUCAAGCACAAAUCCAAAAGGAAAAGAAAGGCCAUUGUGCACUCACUGUGGAAAGUUGGGACACACUGUGGAAAAAUGUUAUAAACUCCAUGGUUUUCCACCUGGCUACAAAUUCAAGAACAAAAAUAUGAUGGCUCAUCAAGUUUCAGCUGUUGCAAAUCAGUUCCAGGGCCAUCACUUAGCUUCUAAUACUGAUCAUAAUCCUAUUACAAAUCAGUUUCAAGGGCAUUGCUUGGCUCCAACUAUUGAGUAUAAUCACUUUGUCACUACUCAAGCACCUGCAUUCACUCCUGAUCAGUAUCACCAACUUCUGUCAUUGAUUGGAGCUUACCAAACUUCAACAGUUCAAGAGCCUCACAAAGUUAAUGAUGUUUCAUUGCCAUCCAAUACAGUUGUAGGUACUGUUCCUUGUUCACCACAUUCAGUCUUUUCUGCUAAGGUUAUGAAUAGAAAGGCCUUUGGUGUUGAAACUUGGGUUAUAGAUACUGGUGCUACAGAUCACAUAGUUUGUUCAAUGCAUUUAUUGACUUCUUUUAUUGCAAUUUCACAUUCUGUGGUUGAAUUACCCAAUGGGGAGGCUGCACUUGUGACUCAUGUUGGUCCUUACCUGUUCUUGAUCUUGAUAUCAAUGCCCUUAUCACUGCUUUUGCCCGUUACAAAGGAUGAAUGA